AGCAAACUUUCCACUGUAAGCAAAGUGUUUUCAGUCUGUAAAAUGUGUAAACCAUCUGUAUAGACUUUGACAGGUGAAGAAAGAUGAGUUGUUCUCAUUUGCCUGUGGCCCAGAAGGUCCGGCCUGGGUCAGCACGGGUCCUGGUGACUGAGCUGAGUGGAUCGGGUCAUAUUAACCCCACUCCUGCCACAAAACCCACGGUGGACUCUGAGGCAGCACUGGGGCUUUGUCUCUCUCCAGAGCAGCUGGAAUCACUAUGUGGAACCUGGGACCUGUCUCGCGUGACCUCACUGGAGAUCUGCAUAGACACACAAGAAAACUCACUGGGUAACAUCGGUUCCUCCUUGCCCAACCUGGUGCAACUGAAACUGAACAACAGUGUGGUCAUGUCAGUAAGAGACCUGGGACCUUCCUUCUCCCACCUGCAGGUGCUGUGGAUGUCUCGCUGCUGUCUGCGUGAUCUAGAUGGCAUUUUUAAUUUCUCUUCUAUCAAGGAGUUGUAUGUGGCCUUCAACAGUGUGUCAGACCUGAAUCAUGUUGGCAUGCUGGAGAAUCUGCAGCUGCUCGAUCUGGAAGGCAAUGAUGUGGAUGACUUAGUCCAGGUCCAGUAUCUGGGCUUGUGUAGCAAACUCCAAAGACUCACCUUGGAGGGAAAUCCAGUGUGUGUCCGCCCGACCCCUACUGCUCCUAAGACGGCAGACUACAGAUAUCGGGCUGCGGUGCGGGAGUUGCUCCCUCAGCUGCAUUACCUAGACAAUGUGAGGGUGGAGGAGGACGGGCUGAGCUGCAGCAGUGCCAUGGGAGAGGAAUGGGCCAUUCUCAGAGACGUCAUCAGAGACCGCAGCUCCUCUCAGAGUGCUACUGAGGGUGAGGAGGAGACAGCAGAUAUCAGACCCAGCUCAGCGCGGCGCCCUGCCUCCAGCUUCUCCUGUGUCUGGCCGAUCCACUCCAGACCCCACACUGGCUCCAGACCCAUGUCUGCGACAAGACCUGGUGUACUCUCCCCUCUUGGCUCUAGACCUGGUUCUGCAGACUCAGAUCUAUCAACAGUGGAAGCAGAACGCAGCACCUUGACACAUGGAGCUGGUAAGAUCCUUUUCUGUGGAAACCCAGUCCAGGCCAUUCGAGCCAAGCGCGAGAAGUUGAGGACUGCACCCACUCGGUCCACUUUCAUCCCACGCGACCUGCCCAUCCAUGUUCCCGAGCACACGUAUGACCUUGAGGAGCUGAACGUCGUAGAACGUGGUGAUGUGAUUGCCGAGCUCAGAGCUUGGAGGGAGCAACACAGCCGGCGUCUCCGGGCCAUUGAGACAGAAAGACGACCUCAAGUCCUGACUAUUCAGCACAGUGAUGAAGCAGAGGAAGUAGAUGAUGAUGAUGAUGAUGAUGAUGAAGUUUCUGGUGGUAGGAGGAAUGACAGUAGUGAUGGAGAGGAUAAGCAUCUUGACAACCUUGAUACUGCACCAGAUUCUUCAUUUCAGUCUCUUUCCGCAGACCAGUGUCACAGAGUUGCCUUUCCCCCUGAUGUGGCACAACUGCGUCUGUCCCCAGACGCCAUCAUGUCCCCGUGUCCCCCUGUCAGUGCAGCAGCAGCUCCCGGUGUUCGGAAACCACAAGGGAUACGUGCACGUAGGCUUCGAGUCAGCCAGGCCAGUUCAGAACAUUUAGUAAGCUGCUCCCAUGGGACAGGUGCAACAGCUGGAGACACAGACCUCACAUCCCCAAAGGUCCAGCCUGUGACCAGGACAAAUGUGCCCGUGUUGCCUCACAGACCCCAUGUGCCACCAGCCAGAGCGGGACAAGCGGAUUCAUGCAUGGGGAUGGACUUAUCCUAUACACAGUCUGGCAGCAAGCAACGUCCCACUCCUCAAAUGUCCAAACUCUUGGACAGACCGGCGAUAAAUCGUCCUCACACAGCGCGGGCGGCUCUACAGAAACAUCAGCAGCACCACGUUCUCCAGCCCUGCAGAGGAACCUCACACAAAGACUGACUGACACCAGUGAUGAGUAUGAAUUAACAUGAGAGUGCAACAUGGACACCAUUUCAGAAGAGUUUGACACACCAGCAUUCUACACGAGUCACUGUGUAAAUAACAUAAAAGAGAUCAUUGCUAACUCAGUUGGCUUUUGGAUAAAAAUGAAUGUGAAAUGAAAUUAAAACCUCACAUUUUUAUUUCUCAGGUUGAAGUGUUUUCCUCAUUAUAACUCAAGUGCUACCUUUUAUUUUUCCCAAUUAAAAAAAAGUAGACUAA